CGCUCCGCCCACAGCUGACAGGUCCGCCGAGCCGGUACGGAGACACGGAUUAGCGGCAGCACACCGGGAUCACAACACUGUCGCUCUGUUCUUUCACUUGGGGGACGAUUUUAACGGAAACAUAAUAAGAAUAUGGUGGCGGUUUGAAAAAACAAACAACAACAACAACAAAAAAAGACAGAAAGAUGGCACAGAAAGACACGCUGCUACAUCUCUUCGCCGGGGGGUGUAGUGGUACAGUGGGAGCCAUCGUGACCUGCCCCCUGGAGGUGUUGAAGACGCGGUUGCAGUCCUCUGGCCUUACCCUCCGACCCGUCUUCCAGGUGCAACUGGGCACCCUAAGUGGCACUGGGGUUAUACGACCGGGUACCGUUACACCUGGGCUGCUGCAGGUCCUACGGUCGAUUCUUGAAAAAGAGGGACCAAGAUCACUUUUCCGUGGUCUGGGGCCGAACCUUGUUGGUGUGGCCCCCUCAAGAGCCAUUUACUUUGCUGCAUACUCGAAAGCUAAAGAAAUAUUCAAUGGGCUGUUCGUCCCUAAUAGUGGAGUGGUGCACAUGUCCUCUGCUGGUGCUGCAGCUUUUGUUACGAACAGUCUGAUGAACCCCAUCUGGAUGGUCAAGACCAGGAUGCAGCUGGAGAAAAAAGCCAGAGGAGAGAAAAAGAUGAAUGCACUGCAGUGUGCUCGCUAUGUUUACAGAACAGAAGGCAUUAGGGGCUUCUACCGAGGUCUGACCGCGUCUUAUGCCGGCAUCUCGGAGACCAUGAUCUGCUUCCUCAUCUACGAGACACUGAAAAAACACCUCGCCAAGAACCAGUUCACGUCCCCGAACAGUGAAAAGGAGAAAGGAGCAUCAGACUUCCUGAGUUUGAUGAUGGCAGCUGCUUUUUCAAAGGGUUGUGCAUCCUGCAUCGCCUACCCACAUGAGGUCAUACGGACGAGGCUGCGCGAGGAAGGGAGCAAGUACAAGUAUUUCUUCCAGACAGGGAGGUUAAUAGCUGUGGAGGAAGGCUAUGCAGCUUUUUAUAGAGGACUCAUUCCACAGCUAAUUAGACAAAUCCCUAACACAGCCAUCGUCCUCUCCACUUACGAACUCAUCGUCCAUCUGCUGGGAGAGUCCAAAUGAAGACAAGUUUGAAAAAGUUGGCAUUAUCCUGACAAGUGAUGGGUGCCACAUGAAAACCCAAGACACACUGGGCAAGAGACUUUUGAAAAUGCAGCACAUACUGUACAUAUAUUGAUGUGGUGCUACAGAGACUUUUAUGGUGGAACUGAGGCAGGUUGUACUGUUAUCCAAAGAGCUAAACACAUUAUUUUAUUGAAAGUUUGUCGUUAGGAGUCAAAAUAAUUCAAGAAGUCGGGGUACUUUGUUAAACCCCAAACGUGAAAAAGGUCAUCUUCUUAGAGGACUAGUGUUAAGUUAACUAAAUUAUUUUAUGUUUUGUUAUUUUAUGACCGUGUUCGUUUCCUUUUAUCAGUGGUUUGUGUACCAUCGCACAUGACUGUGCAGGUCGACUGAUGUAGUUAACAAAGGGAAGUUAAUCAGAUGAUGUUCAAGCAAUAGUGCUGUUCCUUGCAGUGUAAUGACCACAGGCCAUUUUGAGAUUUCUGUUUCACAGAUAUAAUGUGUUGGUUUUGAAGUUGGAAUUACAGAGAAAUUUAUCAUAUUUUUUUUAAAUAUAUAUAUAGAUAUAUAAACACAUACAGGCUCAUCUGUAUUUUUUCUUUGUGAAAAAGAUGGUCACCUUUUACAUUAUAAUGAGAAUUUGGAUGCUUUUUUGACCAGUGGCUCAAUAAACUGCAUCAAGAAACUACA